AUGCCCCUUUGUUACAUUGAAGAAUUUCUGGCAACAACUGAUGAAUCUAAUGAAGAGCCUGUUUCAAAACAUUCGCCCAAGUCUGGAGAAAUUAUCUGCAAACACAAGGAUAAAGGUUUUGAGCAUUUUGCUCAUGGACUUUGUGAAAAAUGCUACAAUAAGUUCACUAAACUGUCGGGUGGACUAGAAGGUGGUUCUGUCCCUCCAGCAUUCCAACGAGCUGAAAAGAAAAGACUUGAAGCUGCUAAAAGGGCUGAAGAAGCUGCAGCAGCUAAGGAGGCAGCGCUGGAAGAAUCUCUUUGCGACACACAGAAUUCUGAGGUUGAGAGUGCCAUGACUCCUAGAAAGGGUUUAAGUGGAGAUAAAUCUUCAAAAAUGGGAUCUGAGGGACUCAUAAAUGACUCUAUGCCACCCAAGGAUCCUGAAGAGGGAGGUUUGUUACUUCCUGAAUCAUCAUGCACUGCAGUAAUUUCAGUUUUCUUCUUUUGAAUCCUUGUUUGAAAGCUGAAUGCUAUCUUAUGAAACUGGUUCUGACAGGGUUACAGAGGAGAGAGAAGGUUGGUGCUCUGAUCCUCAUGUCCCCCCGUGCGCUGGGUAUGUAAU